CAGUAAACAAACAUGCAGGCAAAACAUUCAUACACAUAAAACAAAGAAAUAUUUUUAAAAGUUUCUUUUAUUUCUGAAAAAUUACAGCCAGUAUUUUCCUCCUUAUAUUAAGGCAUAUAAAUCUUUUUGUUGUUCUCAUUUUUGUUUUGAGACAGGUUAUCACUAUAUGGCCCUGGCUGUCCUAGGUAGAUUGAUAGUCUUUAACUUUGAGAUUCUCCUGCCUCUGCCUUCCUAAGUACUUAGAUUAAAGGUGUGUGCUACCACAACUGGCCCAUAUCAUGGAGUAUAUAUAAUGUAUAAAAUUAGGGAUCUGAUAUAAGAAAAAUCCAUUCAAAGAUUUUUUUAAUAAGUUACAGGGUCUGUUGGUACACUGUCGUCAUGUCCAGCGUCUUCCUCUAUUGCUCUCCACCUUAUUUUUUCAGACGGAGUCUCUCACUGCACUUGGAGUACUGAUUUGGCUAGGCUGGCUGGCCAGUGAACUCCAAGGGUCUAUUUGAUUCUGUUUCCCAGCACACAUGCCUCGGCACUCAGCUUUUACUCAGCUACUGAGCACUAGAACGUGGGUCUUCAUACUUGUGCUAAAGAAAACUCAGGUUCCUGAAUCUCAAAAACCCAGACCAAAAAAAGCUCCAGAGUUUCCUAUUGUGGAGAAACAGAACUGGCUGAUCCAUCUCCACUAUAUCCGGAAGGAUUAUGACGCAUGCAAGGCUUUGAUUAAAGAACAGCUUCAGGAGACUCAGGGAUUGUGUGAAUAUGCGAUCUAUGUCCAAGCACUGAUUUUCCGCCUGGAAGGAAAUAUCCAAGAAUCCCUAGAACUCUUUCAGACGUGUGCUGUUCUCAGCCCUCAGUGUGCUGAUAAUCUCAAACAGGUGGCCAGAUCUUUAUUUCUCCUGGGAAAACAUAAAGCCGCCAUUGAAGUAUAUAAUGAAGCAGCUAAACUUAAUCAGAAAGAUUGGGAGAUCUGCCAUAACCUGGGAGUGUGCUAUACUUACCUAAAGGAGUUCAACAAGGCACAAGACCAGUUGCACAGUGCCCUCCAGCUUAACAAGCAUGAUCUGACUUACAUAAUGCUGGGGAAGAUCCACUUACUGGAGGGAGACUUGGACAAAGCCAUUGAGAUCUACAAGAAAGCAGUGGAGUUCUCGCCAGAAAAUACAGACCUUCUUACAACUUUAGGAUUACUCUACUUACAGCUCGGUGUUUACCAGAAGGCAUUUGAACAUCUUGGGAAUGCACUGACUUAUGACCCUGCCAACUACAAGGCCAUCUUGGCAGCAGGCAGCAUGAUGCAGACUCAUGGGGACUUUGAUGUUGCCCUCACCAAAUACAGAGUUGUAGCUUGUGCUAUUCCAGAAAGUCCUCCACUUUGGAAUAAUAUUGGAAUGUGUUUCUUUGGCAAGAAGAAGUAUGUGGCAGCUAUCAGCUGCCUAAAACGAGCCAAUUACUUGGCACCCUUCGAUUGGAAGAUUCUGUACAAUCUGGGCCUUGUCCAUUUGACUAUGCAGCAGUAUGCAUCAGCAUUCCAUUUUCUCAGUGCAGCUAUCAACUUCCAGCCAAAGAUGGGGGAACUCUACAUGCUCUUGGCUGUGGCUCUGACCAAUCUGGAAGAUACAGAAAAUGCCAAGAGAGCUUAUGCAGAAGCUGUCCGCCUGGAUAAGUGUAACCCUUUAGUAAACCUCAACUAUGCUGUGCUGCUGUAUAACCAGGGUGAGAAAAAGGGUGCCCUGGCCCAGUACCAGGAGAUGGAGAAGAAGGUCAACUUUCUUAAGGACAACAGUCCUCUGGAAUUUGACUCUGAGGCACAAGAUGGUAGAGAUGGCUCAGAAGUUGGGAGCUGCCCUCCAGGUUGGAGAGGCACUGGUCUGGACCAAGCCAGUCAAAGAUCUCAAGUCAAAGCACCGGACCAAUUCAGCCAACAAAUCUGCUUUCCAGCAACCUCUGGGCUCCAAUCAAGCGCUAGGACAGGCGAUGUCUUCAGCAGCGGCAUACAGGAAGCUCCCUUCAGGUGUUGUAGGAGGAGCCCAGCUCACAAAACCACCAUCACUUCCAUUGGAGCCAGAGCCCACUGUGGAGGCAAGUCCAACAGAAACAUCUGAACAAAAGAAAGAAAAAUAGCAAAAGGCACGAGAAAAACAGGAUGACCCUGGAGUAGGGGGUCUCUUUGGUGAGACCAUAUAGAAGGUGGUCAGUCAUAGGACCAGGCAGGUGGAGGCCAGCUCUGUUCCCUGGGUGAGCACUGCAGAAUUCAAACAGAACCCAGGGUGCAGUGUGAUGAUCAGGAGGAGCAUAUAAGGCCCACGCAACUCUUGGCUGGCCCCAUCAUCUAGGAACAAGGGAGAAAACAUGCUAGAUAGGCUUGAGGCCCUGCGUGUAUAGCUCCAAGAGUCAGCAAGGCAAAUGAUCAAAGAUCAUCACUCGAUGAAGGACUUUUAUGUUAAUAAAGGGAAAGGGACCUCUUCAGUAGUGGUGGUGUAGCCCCAUUUUCACUGGAUUGUGGAAACAUAUCAGUCCCCACUGUAAACACAAACCUUGGAUUAAGAACCUAGUUAAAUAGGGCUCUCCCCUCCCCCUCCUUAGAUUAAGUUGAGACCCAAUCUGGAAUGUAUCCUAGCUAUAUUGGCUCAGAGAAUCUAAAACAAGUCCCUGUUUUCAUUCUUUAAAGAAUGAAAGAGGUUAGACUCUGGAGCCAGAUCAUGACAGUAUAAUAAGUAGGAGUCAAGGCUGGUCUGGAAUCGGCACCAAGGAUUUAAAGAAAAGGGUGUGGGUAGGAUGACUGAAGAAUAGUUCAGUUGUUAGAGCUUCUGCUCAGUUUGCCAAGGCCCUGGGUUUGAUCCCUAGUACAGCUGAAAAAAGAACAGAGCUCUUAGCCAAAGAAUUUUAACCAAGACAAUCAACGAUAAAUGCUGACAGAUGCUCUCCUGGCCCAUUAGUGGCCUUUGUAAAGAUUAUGGACCACAAAGAGGUCUCAUUAAAAGCUUUUUAAAA